AUGGGCUCAUCUUCGUCCAAAGCCGCCUCAGGCGCCGCGCGGAAAUUCCCAACCCGCUCGCCAGGCGCCGCCGUGCCUCCAGCCGCAGCCCGCCAGCCCCGAAGCGCACCGCCAAGGCCGCAAGCCUCAACCACCAAAGACGAAGCCAUCCGCGCCGACGCCGCAGACCCCGAGGUGACAGCCGACUUCUCGGCGCGCCUGCACCAGAUGGGCAUCGCCCAGCCCAACCCGACCUACAGCCCCUCGUCGCACGCGCGCCCCGCGCCGGCGUCGUCGCCCUCGGACGCGCACGCACCCCCGAGCGGCGGCACGGGACCGCUCUUCCCCUCGGCGCGGAACAACUCGACCCUCGGCGCGCUCGAGGCGCGGCGUCUCGCGGAGGUGGCGGCGCGGUCUGAGUUUGAGGCGCUCGGCAGGAAGGGAUUCCAGGGACGCGAGUUUCUCGACCUCAAUACGAUUGUGCAGAUGCAUGUUCUGCGCGACCGCGGCGUUGCGGACCGGGAGAUUGAAGAGAGGUUCAACCUGAAGCAGGGCGUUGUCGCGAGGCUGGGGACGAGGGGCAUCACGGUUCCUGCGAGCAUGGCCGAGGCCGAGGCGUGA